AUGUCAUCCACAAAACCAGAAGACCCCUCCCAACCACGCCUCCCCCAAGCAAUAGCCCACCGCGGCUACAAAGCAAAGUUUCCAGAAAACACUCUGGCCGCUUUCUCCGGUGCAAUCUCCAUCGGUGCCCACGCACUAGAAACCGAUGUGCACAUCACCAAAGACGGUGUGGUCGUCUUAUCCCACGACAACACAUUAAACCGGUGUUUCGGCCGUCCCGAGAAAAUCAUAGAUUGCGAUUGGAGUUUUAUACAGCCACUCCUCACGACGCAGGAGCCGAAGCAACAUAUGCCGCGCCUGGCAGAUCUAUUAGAGUUUCUGGCUGACGAAGAAAGAAAAGACAUUUGGGUGCUGUUGGAUAUAAAACUGGAUAACAAUUCUGACGACAUCAUUCGCCUGAUCGCUCAAACGAUAGCAAGCGUACCAGCACUGCCCGACAGACCUUGGAGCCAAAGAAUCGUCUUUGGGUGCUGGGCAGCAAAAUACGUUCCUUUGGUAGCUGACUACCUGCCCGGUUACGCAUGCACACACAUCGGCUUCUCGCUCUCCUACGCACGCCAAUUCCUCACCGUCCCAAACGUCAGUUUCAACAUGCUGUUACCAAUCCUCAUGGCACCAGGCGGGUCCUCUUUCCUGCACGACGCAAAGGCAAACAAUAAACCCGUGUUAGCAUGGACGGUCAACGAACCCUCAAAGAUGAAAUGGUGUAUAGGAAAGCAACUAGACGGUGUCAUUACAGAUGAUCCAAAGCUAUUUUUGGAGGUGUGUAGGAAGUACGAUCACAGCAAGGAGACUACAGCGCUGAGCUGGAGGACCUGGUUGGAUGUACUUAGAGUCUGGAUUUUGGCGACGGUAUUUGGGUUUCUAUACAGGAAUCGGUUUGCCGGCAGGACGAAGAGUCAGGUGCAGGUCGUUUGA